AUGGAUGGAUUUCACGACCAGCAAGUGCCUCACUGUAACUCCACUCGGCUGCAGGAGAAGACGAGGAGCAGCGAGAGGCCAGCGAAUGACAGAAAGAGAAAAUUCAUUAAGUCCGACCUGGCUCAGGACACUGAAGAGCUCUUCCAGGACCUCAGUCAGCUGCAGGAGACCUGGCUGGCAGAAGCUCAAGUUCCCGACAAUGACGAGCAGUUCGUUCCAGACUUCCAGACUGAAAACUUGGCGUUCCACGGACUGCAGCUGAAGAUCAAGAGAGAGCUGCACAGCCCGUGUUCAGAGCUGAGCUCCAACUGUUCCCAGGAGCGGCUCUUCAAACUCCAGUAUGGAGAGAAGUGCCCGUACAACGUCAGUGCCUAUGAGCAGAAGCAGCCUGCAGGAAUGAAGCCCUCCAGCCCAGUGACGCCCCCCUGUAGCACCCCUGUGUCCCCCCUCCACCAUGCCUCCCCCACGGCCCCCCCGACGCCCAAACCAGACAGGACCUACGCUCACAUCCCGUCCUCCCAGCCGCUCGCUGACAACACCUACUCCAUGGACCACAGAUUCCGACGGCAGCUCUCGGAGCCGUGCCACUCGUUCCCCUCCCCGCCCACGAUGGCCCGGGACAGCCGGCCCAUCUACCACCGGCAGAUGUCGGAGCCCAACAUCCCCUUCCCGCCUCAGGGCUUCAAGCAGGAGUACCCCGACCCGCUCUUCGAGCACCCGGCCAUGGUGGGCGCGCCGCUGCCCCACGCGUACCCCACCACCAUGAUGAUCAAGCAGGAGCCCCGGGACUUCACCUACGACUCAGCUGAAGUGCCGAGCUGCCAUUCUGUCUACUUACGGCAAGACGGCUACCUGGCUCACACCAGCAGGACUGAAGGGUGCAUGUUUGAGAAGGUGGCGAGGCAUUUCUACGAUGACACCUGCGUCGUGCCGGAAAAAGUCGAAGGUGACAUCAAGCAGGAGGCCGGUCUGUACCGCGAGGGCCCGUCCUACCAGCGCAGAGGCUCGCUGCAGCUCUGGCAGUUCCUGGUCGCUCUGCUGGACGACCCGUCCAACUCGCACUUCAUCGCCUGGACCGGCCGCGGCAUGGAGUUCAAGCUCAUCGAGCCGGAGGAGGUGGCACGUCGGUGGGGGAUUCAGAAGAAUCGACCGGCGAUGAAUUACGACAAGCUCAGCCGGUCGUUGCGUUACUACUACGAGAAGGGGAUCAUGCAGAAGGUGGCCGGAGAGAGAUACGUCUAUAAGUUCGUGUGCGACCCCGAGGCCUUGUUCUCGAUGGCGUUCCCCGACAACCAGCGCCCGGUGCUGAAGACGGACCUGGAGCGGCAGAUCAACGAGGAGGACACCGUGCCGCUGUCGCACUUUGACGAGAACAUGGCCUACGUGCAGGAGGCGCCCUACUGCCAGCCGCACCCCUACAGCGAGGGCUACGUUUAUUAA